AUGGUAACAAUAUACCAAGACACGAAUGGGAGGGUGCACUUUACAUCGCGCGUAAUGAACAAGUCGUUCUUAAACAAAGACUUCUCACAAGCCUACCUUCGAAAAAUACAACUAAUUGCUAAGACCUUUUACUCGAUAAAUCUAACUUUCAACAGUACCACAGAAAAGGAAGGCCUGACAAAAAUAUGUUGUAAAAUUGAGAAACUGGAGAGUCAAAUGAGGAUGAGAAGUCAUUUCCUAUUGUUUAGCAUCUUUGUUCUGCAGGCACUUGUGAUUCAUGCACAGAAUCAAUCAGGGUUCAUUAGCUUAGAUUGUGGGUGGCCAGAUGAUUUAGGCUACAACGAAACCAUAAAAGGCAUAACUUAUACUCCAGAUGCACCAUACAUCCAAACUGGCAAAAGCCAUAAGAUAUCUGAAUUCAAUUCUGGCAAGCAGCAACAGUUACUGGAGUAUCUUAGAAGUUUUUCGGAAGGAGACAGAAACUGUUACAUGCUAAACCUCACAAAGGGUGACAAAUAUUUAAUCAGAACAACUUUCAUGUAUGGAAACUAUGAUAAAAAAAAUGAGGCACCAGAAUUUGAUCUACAUUUAGGAACUAAUUUCUGGGCCACAAUUGUAUUUCAAAAUGCAUCUACUGUUAUAGUCAAGGAAUUCAUUCAUGUUCUUCAAUCGAAUUAUUUGCAUGUCUGUCUUGUGAACACUGAGAAAGGGAUACCUAUCAUAUCAGCACUAGAGUUCAGGCUUUUGAAAAACACGACAUACAACACUCAGUCCGAAAAAGAAUCACUGGAACUUUUCUUCAGGAAUGAUUUUGGUUCAACAUCCAAUUCAACAGUCAGGUUUCCAGAAGAUGUUUAUGAUCGUAUCUGGACGCCUUACCAAAGAAAUGAUUUGGGACAAAUAAAUACCUCUUCUCCCGUUACGCCUAACAGCGACUAUGAUCCACCAUCGCUUGCCAUGAGGACUGCCAGCACACCAGCCAACGCUGGUCAACCCUUGAAUUUUUCCGUCCAAGAUUCUGAUUCCAAUUCCCAAUUUUAUUUUUACAUGCACGUUGCAGAACUUGAAGAGCUCCAAGCUAACCAGUCCAGAGAGUUCAUCAUCUAUCUCAAUGAAGCGCUUUGGUUUGGACCUUUUAGCCCUACAAAUUUGCGGGCAGACACUAUAACAAGCACACAACCGGGACCGAGAGAAGGAGGCCAGUUUUCAAUGGUAAAAACCGAAAGAUCAACCCAUCCGCCCAUCCUGAAUGCCUUUGAGGCUUAUGAAGUAAAGGAGCUCCUACAGCCACAAACUGUUGAAAAAGAGGUUGAUGCGAUGAUGAAUAUAAAAUCAAUGUAUGGAUUGAUUAGAAACUGGCAAGGUGAUCCUUGUGCUCCAAAGGAAUACUUAUGGGAAGGUCUUAAUUGCAGCUAUAAUGAUUCAAAUCAACCUACGAUCAUAUCUUUGAAUUUGUCCUCAAGCGGUUUGACCGGAGAGAUUCCCUUAAAUAUCGUCAAUCUCACUCAAUUACAAUAUCUGGACUUAUCAGACAAUUAUUUGAAAGGAGCAGUGCCCGAAUUUUUAACUCAACUGCAAUCUUUGAUCAUCCUAAACUUGAAAAGAAACGGACUAAAUGGUUCAGUUCCAGCAGGACUCAUUGAAAAGUCAAACAGCGGUUUGCUACAAUUAAAUGUGGACGAAAAUCAAAUUCCUUGUACAUGGAAAUCAUGCAUGACAACGAAGUCGAAGAAUAACAGUACCGUAGUGGUUCCGUUAUUAGCAUCAGUUGCUUCAGUGCUUUUUCUCCUCAUCAUAAUUGGUUCAGCUGUCUUAUGGACGUGGUAUAAAGGGACAAAACCAUCAGGCGAAAUGAUUGUGGACUCUAGAAGACCAUACCAGAAUGAGUUAAAGAAUCGACAAUUUACAUACUCUGAGGUCCAAAGGAUCACAAACAAUUUUGAGAGAGUUAUUGGGAAAGGAGGAUUUGGAACAGUUUACCACGGUUGCUUGGGUGAUACUGAAGUAGCAGUUAAGAUGUUAUCAAAAUCAUCUAGUCAAGGGUAUAAGCAGUUUGAAGCUGAGGUGGAGAUUCUUUUGAGAGUUCAUCAUAGAAAUUUCACUACCCUUAUUGGUUAUUGCGAUGAUGGCACCAACACGGGGCUAAUCUAUGAGUACAUGGCCAAAGGAAACUUAUCAGAGUAUCUCUCAGAUAAAAGUAACGGUGUCUUAAAUUGGGAAGGAAGACUUGGAAUAGCGCUGGAGGCAGCACAAGGACUGGAGUAUUUACACUGUGGUUGCAAACCACCCAUAAUCCACCGAGAUGUAAAGUCUAGCAACAUAUUAUUAACUGAAAGCUUGCAAGCUAAACUAUCUGAUUUCGGGCUAUCCAGAAGUUUCGAAGGUGUCUCUCAUGUAUCCACCGUCGUAGCGGGUACCCCUGGAUACCUUGACCCUGAGUAUUCUACAUCAAACAGGUUGACUGAGAAAAGUGAUGUUUAUAGCUUUGGGGUAGUUCUUUUGGAAAUCAUCACAAACCGGCCAGUGUUUGCAAGAAAUAUGGAUGAGCCUGCUCACAUAAGUCAUUGGGUUGGUUCCAUGUUAUCCAAUGGGGACAUCCAAAACAUUGUGGAUUCAAGAUUGCAAGGAGAUUUUGAGAUAAAUUCUGUACGGAAAGCGAUAGAUGUGGCAAUGGCUUGUUUAUCUCCAGCUUCCACUGGAAGGCCAACAAUGAAUAAUGUGGUGACGGAAUUGAGCGAGUGUUUGCUAGGGGAGAUAAAUAGGACAAGGGGAGUGAAUGUAGAUGAAUCACCAGAAUCAAUUGCCAUGGCAUCCUUGAAUUUUGAUUCUGAUAUAACUCUACCAAGGUAA